UAUGCUCACAUUAAGAACUAUUCUGUAUAUUUCCUAAGGACAAGAACUUGUAUCUCUGAGGCAGUUCCUUGAAAGAUGUCUUGAAUUUCCUGGGACCUGUCUAAAAUUGCGGCAAGGAAAAAUCGUUGGCAAAAUUUGUCAUGGCAAUAACAGACCAUGACAACCUCAGGUCAACUGAUAAAAUGGUCAUGUCAGUUGUUUUACCAUGACUGUGUUUUGAAUCUUUUAAUAUCACGGUUUACACUGCUUUUGAAGAACUUUGAAAGAUAAAGAAUACGCAUAAAAAGGGGAUACAACACUUGAAUAUGCAGAAUACGACAUUACUAAUUACAGUCAUACAUAUCUCUGAAUAAAUACUGUUUCAUAGCCGAUGUCAGUCUGAGGUUGCAUUACUUAAUGGAAGUACACAGAAGAGACUUCUUUUCACAACUAAUUUCUGAUAUCUAGAGAAUAUACAGCAAUCCGGAAGUGCGGGGAUUGUCUCGUACGACACUGUCCAUAAUCAUUCGUCUGAAGCACCUGCAGCUAAAUGUACUGAGGAUUUACCACACGUCGUUAGUGAGACAUUUUAUUUAGCGUGUACCUUCAGUGCAGGUGAUGAAAGGUAAGGGAAGUGACAUGUAGGUGGGAGAGGGUUGGAAACUGUGCACAGGGUUUCGCGCAUGGAACUUCUAUGCAGCUCAAGACGAUAAAUGUUACAACAGUGAAGGUGUUUCAGCCUCACCUGUGCCACAUGAACCACCAGGUGCAGCACACGACGAUGUGUUUCGGUGGUAUAAAGGUCGCCAGUCCUUCAUUCCUGACAUCUGCACCAGGACUACCUUCAACAUGGCGACACUCAGACAGAUCUUGGUGGUGGUGCUCGCCGCUGUCGCUCUCGCCGACGGUUUUGUUGUUCGCAAGCCAGAGAAUGUGCACCGAGAAAGGCGAUCAGGUAAGGCAGGACGUAGUAGAGCUUUAAGUACAACGUCUGCUACCCAGCAAGCCUACACAGUUACUUCCAUUUCAAACCAAGAAGCUACUACACAGUAUCCGUCUUAUGAUACAACAUACGGCUAUGGCACAAGCAGCUAUCCCUGGAAUUACGAGACUCUACUGGCGGGUAUCCCUGGCAAGAUUCUACAGCCUAUAGUCCCUACCAAACAACUGACUACGACUAUUCAAAUAGCUACUACAGUACCAUUCAGUCCCUACCAAACAACUGACUACGACUAUUCAAAUAGCUACUACAGUACCAUCAGUCCCUACCAGACAUCUAACUCCAAAAAUUGGAAUAAUUACUACACAACUAACAGUCCCUACCAAACAUCUAACUCCGAAAAUUGGAAUAAUUACUACACAACCAACAGUCCCUACCAAACAUCUAACUCCGACAAUUGGAAUAAUUACUACACAACCAACAGUCCCUACCAAACAUCUAACUCCGACAAUUGGAAUAAUUACUACACAACCAACAGUCCUUGGCGCUACGAAACACCAUACAAUGAUUGGAACUACUACUACACAACCUACAGCCCCUGGAACUAUGAAAACACUUACCCCUGGAACCGCUGGAAUCGUUAUGACUACUGGACAACACAGUCUCCUAACCGCUACAACCAGGAAGGUCUUUUGGAAGCCCUCGCCGUCGAUGUGGUUGCGGAGGCUCGGGAGGUGGUGAGCGGCGCCGAGGAGACCCUCGAGAAGGCAAACGACCUCGAGGACGCCGUGUUUCGUGCAAAUGGCGAGGAAGGACCUCGCGUUUACCUAUUUUAAACCCCGAAAUCCACAUGCCUACAGUCCAUAGCCUUUCAUUACAGAUGCUAAUUGGGUGUUGACAAUAUUCAACAAGCAACUGCGAAAAAAGAUCCCAAGCUAAAUAAAGUAGAUUCUUUAGAGUAAUGAAUUCUGGCC